AUUAACGACUUCGCUGAUUUUAUACUUCGUAAUUUACUUAACCGCGUCAUAAUUACAUGCUUUUUGUCUCUUUACAGAAUAUGAGCGAAACGCCGGGUUCAGAAAAAGGGAAGAACCAUGAAAUUAAGUACCGAUAUGGCACGGAACGUUGCCUACCCGUUGAAAAUAAGUUGACACCACUAAAUGACAACUAAAUGAGGGGGCGAAUGAGGUGAUGGAGUGGAUAUCGUGGGAUGUCGUCUGAUCUCCGCACUAAAUACUUCCUCAUUCCUUAUUUAAGCGUUCUUUCUCUCCUUACUUCCUCUUCCUCACCACUCUCACUAAAGUCUUUCAUUCACUUCGUUCCCGUUUCCAAUCGCACUUUUUUCCAAUUUUACGCAAUGCGUUUCGCAAACUCCAUCUUGGUCGGUGGCCUCACAGCAUCCGCUUUCGCAGCUCCUGCUGCAAAAUCCAGCCGCACUGCCUCUGGAAAGUUGCAAUGGAUCGGAGCUAGCGAGUCUGGAGCGGAAUUUGGACAAGGAAACCUUCCUGGUGUUGUGGGAACCGAUUACACCUUCCCAAGCACCUCUGCUAUCCAAACUUUGAUCGAUGGUGGCAUGAACAUUUUCCGUGUUCCAUUUCUCUUUGAGCGCAUGGCCCAAGGCAGCUUAACCGCUACUCUCGAUGCCACUUAUCUUGCUAGCUACAAGGAAGUCAUCGAUUACAUCACCGCCGCCGGUGCCAGCGCAGUCUUGGACGCUCAUAACUAUGGACGUUACAACGGUAACAUUAUCACUUCCACCUCCGACUUUGGCAGCUUCUGGGGCAAGCUAGCCGCUGUAUUUGCCAAAAACGACAAAGUCAUCUUUGACUGCAACAACGAGUUCCACGACGAACCCACCGCUACUAUCUACGCUGAGCUUAACCAAGCAUGCGUUACUGCUGUUCGUGGCGCUGGCGCAACCUCCCAAUACAUCUUUGUUGAGGGUAAGUCCACCUUUUAAACUUCUCUAGCCUUUUAAUACUAAAAUGUUACUUAGGAACUUCGUACACUGGUGCAUGGACCUGGACUUCAUCUGGAAACUCCGUUUCCAUGUUGAACAUCAGUGAUCCCGAAGACAAGCUUGUCUAUGAAUUUCAUCAAUACCUCGACUCCGAUGGAUCCGGAACCUCCGCCACCUGUGUGAGCAGCACCAUUGGUGCUGAGCGUAUCGCCGAUGCCACUGCCUGGCUCAAAGCCAACAACAAGAAGGGUGUCCUCGGAGAAAUCGCCGGUGGUGUCAACGCUGACUGUGAAUCUGCUAUCUCUGGUACGUUGAAUGCUAUGGCUGCCGAUAACGAGUACUGGUUGGGUGCUUUGUGGUGGGGCGCUGGUCCAUGGUGGGGUAAUUACAUCUACUCUUUCGAGCCACCUUCCGGUGUCGCUUACGUUCAAUACUUCAAGACCCUUGUCAGCUAUGUAGCAUAAGGGGUGUCGAUUUGAAGUGUGGCCUGGGAAGUAGGCUUUCGAUUCGUCUGUGUACAUAUGUUUUAGCAUGAGCCUUCUGGAGGCAUUUGCUCGGGAGGUCCUGUUUUAGUGGAAGAUCAAAAGAGACUAGAGAAAAUCUUGAUCCGCUUUCAACCUUGAGUAUCUUGACUCCAACUUCGUGAUUUCAUGCAUGGUGCACAUGAUACUUCUCCCUUGAUGAUUAUAGCCGUCAUAUUUCCGAAUACUGACCGUACUAAUCUUGUGUAACGACUGGAAGCUUACGCGGAAUUGUGAUUGACAAGCUUAAGCACCUCUGCUUCAAACCACUCCACACACGAUGGCAUCCCACUUGCAAUUGCCAUUCUCAAGCAAUCGAAAAUCCCAUAACGAUCUGGUGCACACAAAUGUGUUCUAGACUAUAA